AUGGCUGCACGCUUCGAGGACGAUUCCCCUGCAUUCAAGGAAUGUGCGAACUGCGGCGCCACAGAUGACCUCCUGCGAUGCAGCCGCUGCCGUGCCGAAUGGUUUUGCUCACUGGGCUGUCACAAGAGCUGCCGGCCAAACGAGUUCGCAGACGCCAUGGAGGACAGUGACCCACGGUUCGCAUCGUGGCUGCGGCGGCAUGGCAAGCAGGCCAUUCUUAGAGACGUGGAGGUGGAGCGGCUAGAGCGGGCCGCUCGGGCAACCAGCGGACCCGGCCGCGAGGAUGUGAUGCAAGCCAUGUACGGCAGACUGGAUCCAAAACCUCAAGGCAGGUCUUCCCCGCCUGAUUCGCGCUUCGGCCACUUUGGCAUGUUUGGUGGGUUUGGCCGUUGUGACGUUACUUUGGAAGCCAACCCAAGGUCAGAUACCCGGUGGCCCGACCUGCGGCUGGCUCGUCUCUUGAGUCGCCAGGAGGCGGCAUGGUCUUCCAUCACCAUAGAGCCCGGCAUGGGCAUGGAGUGCGCCAGGUGCGGUGCAGCGAUGGCUCCGCGGCCCCGGGUGCAGCUCAAACCCACCUCCGUGUGUGUGUCGCUGGGCCUGGACGACCUGCCGAUCCUGUGCGGCCACCUGUACGGCACCAUCAAGGCGGAGGACAGCACCUGGUACCUUGAUGACGGUAUUCUGCACUUACAGAUGCUCAAGGUGCACCGGCGCGGCCACUACGCGCCCGGCACCUCCAACGCGGAUAGCUGGUGGCGCUCGCUGUGGGCGCACUGCCCGCCGGCUGAGACUCUGUCGCCGCAGCACCCGCCAACCAAGUACUACUGGUCCGAGUACGAGAACAACGACUUGCCGGCCCCACUGCCGGAGGUGCCGAGGUUAGCAACACAUUCGAAGCGAAAGCCGGUGCCCCGGCAGAACAUGGGCGACGGCUCCACCGCCACGCCAGAUGGACCACGGCUUCUCCCAGAGCCCUCGUCCAGGGAGGGGACCGCGGAGGCGACAGCGGGGGUGAUUUACCUCCAGAUUCAGACUCCAGAUUCAGACUCCAGAUUCGGCUCCAGAUACAUUUAA